CCAGCUACUGGCUGCAGGUUCACCGGUUGGAGCACGGUGAUGGGGGAAUCCUCGACCUGGAUGAUGUGCUUUGCGAUGUGGCUGAUGACAAAGACAGGUUAAUAGCUAUAUAUGAUGAACAGGAACCCCAUCAUGGCGGUGAUGGCACCAGUGCCAGCUCCACAGGCACCCAGAGCCCCGACCUGUUUGCUGCAGACCUCAGCGCAGGCAGCGGAGCCUCUGCUUUCCAACCUUACCAGGCCGCCAGCGAGAUCGAGGUCACGCCUUCGGCCCUGCGCACCAAUAUGCCCCUCCACGUCCGGCGCAGCAGUGACCCUGCUCUGAUGACCAUCAAUGGGCCGUUCAGCGGCAGUGAGUCACGGGUCCAACCAGAUGAGACGCCAUCAAGGAAGAACCCAACCCGCUGGUCGACCACCGCUGGUUUCCUGAAAGCUCGCCACUCGUCUGGCACAAAUAGCCUGGAAAGGAAGGGUAAAGGGAUGGACACGUACCGCAGUCUGCCACGAGACGCUGGGACCUGGGCCAAUCAGAGAGAAUUCCAGAGAGAGACGGCACGGUCAUCGCUCAGCGCCAAUCAUCCCAUGGUGGACCGCUGGCUGGAGAGACAGGAACAGGAGGAAGCGGCAAGAGAAGAAGAAAACGGACGGAUCGAGCCUGUUGGCCGAGCUGACUCCAUUGACCACACUGCUGUGAGGUCACUAGAAGACAUUGUCAAACUGGUGGAGGUGUCAAACGACGGUGGGCCCCUGGGGAUCCACGUGGUGCCUUUCAGUGGCAGGGACCGCAGGACUCUUGGCUUGUUGGUCAAGCGUCUGGAGAGAGGAGGGAAGGCCGAGCAGCAGGGCCUCUUCCAGGAGAACGACUGUAUCGUCCGUAUCAAUAACGGAGACCUGCGAAACAUCAGAUUUGAACAAGCCCAGAAUAUGUUCCGUCAAGCCAUGCGCUCUCCGGUCAUCAUGUUCCACGUGGUGCCGUCAUCGAUGAAGGCCCACUACGAGCAGCUGUCCCACGCCGAGAGGAACCCCGUGUACGCCUCGGGCCGUUUCAGCCCAGACUCCCUCAGCGGCAGCACUGUGUCAGGCAUCGACCACACGCCACAGCGGAUGUCCCGGCACGGUUCCCAAACGCACCCACACUCCCAUCCGUACCCCCAUGUGCUCUCAGAGCCGACUGACGGUUACCCCCCUCUGCUUCACCCCGCGGUUUCCGCCGCCAAGCCCCCGACAGGUCACGCCCACUCACCGCAGAAGGGGAUGAAUUCCACGCCAGCAGGAGGCUAUACGAAAAAAGUCGGGAGGAGGCUCAGCAUUCAGCUAAAGAAAGGCCCCGAGGGACUCGGCUUCAGUAUAACGUCACGGGAUGUUCCCAUCGGGGGCUCAGCACCCAUCUACGUGAAGAAUAUCCUGCCUAGAGGAGCUGCUAUCCAAGAUGGCCGUCUCAAGGCAGGAGACAGGUUGCUAGAGGUGAAUGGCGUGGACCUGAAUGGGCGGACCCAGGAGGAAGUGGUCGCCUUGCUUAGAGCUACACCCAUGGGCGGGGCUGUGGGGCUGCUGGUUUUACGCCAGGAGGACUCUUUCCUACCCCGAGAAGUGAAUGCUGAGCCCCAGAUGCAAAUCCCCAGAGAUUUGCAUCCACGGCAGCCUGUGACAGCCGGGAAACACCACUGGCUGAUAGAGAAGACAGAGGAGGACGAGUUGGUCCUGACCCCUGAUGGGACCAGAGAGUUCCUGACCUUUGAGAUCCCCCUCAGUGACUCGGGUUCUGCAGGUUUGGGUGUGAGCGUUAAAGGCAACCGCUCCAAGGAAAACCAUGCAGAUCUGGGCAUCUUUGUCAAAUCCAUCAUAAAUGGAGGUGCAGCCUGCAAGGACGGGCGACUGCGAGUAAAUGACCAGUUGAUUGCUGUCAACGGCGAGUCGCUAUUGGGCAAAACCAACCAAGACGCUAUGGAGACGCUACGCAAGUCCAUGUCAACUGAAGGCAACAAGCGUGGUAUGAUCCAGCUCAUUGUGGCCAGACGAGUUGCCAAAAGAAAUGAGGAGACACCAGGGAGCCCACUGGGACCCCAGCAGAUUUUAAACACCUCCCUAGAUGACCACGAGCGCCGAAUCUCCCACUCGCUGUACGGUGGCCUGGAGGGCCUCGAUGACAACUUGAUGCCCCGGCAAGGCAUGCUGCCACGCACGAUAGGAAACUAUCAGCUCUCACCGACCGUCAACAUGCCGCAGGACGACACCGUGAUCAUAGAAGAUGACCGGCCGCCGCUUCUUCCACCCAACCUUUCCGACCAGUCCUCCUCGAGCUCACACGAUGAUGUCGGCUUCGCCGCUGAUGUGACUCCACCGUGGACCAAAGAGCUGCCCAAUCAGAAUCACAGCUCUGCGGCUCCAGAUGAAAAUAAUCCAGAUGGUGCUUUCCAGAGGGAAGGUUUUGGACGCCAGAGCAUGUCAGAGAAGCGCACCAAGCAAUUUGGAGACGCCUCUCAACUUGAAAUCAUCAAGACACGCAAGUCCAAGAGCAUGGAUUUAGUAGCCGACGAGAUUAACCUCACACCUCAUCCUGAGACCUACGCAGGUUCUUCCACAAAGGACGUGGGGCCGUCGCUGGGCCUAAAGAAGUCCAGCUCGCUCGAGAGUCUCCAGACAGCAGUAGCAGAGGUAACUCUGAACGGGGACGUCCCCUUCCACAGGCCUCGCCCUCGUAUCAUCAGGGGGCGGGGCUGUAACGAAAGCUUCAGAGCAGCCAUCGACAAAUCCUACGACCGACCGGCCGCCACGGAAGAGGACGACGAGGGCAUGGAGACAUUGGAGGAGGACACUGAGGAGAGUUCACGGUCGGGGAGAGACUCUGUGUCAACAGUAGCGGACCAGACGCCGCUGUCGAUUACCGAAAAGCCACUGGUCAAUGGCACAAACCGCACCAAAGAGGAGAAGAAGAAGGACAAAGACAAGGGAGGGAAGGAAAAGAAGAAGCCGGAGGGAGGGAAGGAGAAGGACAAGGGAAAACCUAAGAAGGGGAUGUUGAAGGGACUCGGGGACAUGUUCAGGUUUGGGAAGCAUCGAAAGGAUGAGCGGCUGGGAGAAAAGAUUGAUCGUAAAGGCUCCAGCAAGUGGAGGCCAGAGGAGACGCAGGCGUCAGACGAGGAGACCAUGAAGAUGAGGAUGGAGCAAGAGAGGAUCCAAGCUAAGACCAGAGAGCUGCGGGAGCGUCAGGCCAGGGAACGAGACUACGCUGAGAUUCUGGAUAUAAGUCGAUCGCCGGAGAGAUCCUCUGAGGAGGACCACCAGUACGCUGGCAUCAACCAACUUAACAGCUCCAUGGACAGUGGCCAUAGUCGCCCCCACAGCCCCCACCUUCUCAUGCUCAUCGCCUAUUCAGAUGCUUACUCCCCAACAGCAUAUGGCAUUCAUAACCGACUAACCCCCAGCAACCACGACCGGAUACAGAGGCUGAGGCAAGAGUUUCAGCAGGCCCAGAAUGUCCCGGACGACCCAGAUGAUCGCAGGAGGACCUACAGCUUCGAGCAGCCCUGGUCAAACACCAGCAGCAACGGUCCAGGCGGGUACAGCCAGCCAGGCCGUCACUCGGUGUCGGUCGAGGUGCAGAUGCAAAGACAGAGGCAGGAGGAGAGAGACUCGUUCACCCAGGCGCAGCGACAGUACAGCUCCCUGCCACGGCAACCCAGGAAGAACCCUAGCACCAUCUCCCAAGACUCUUGGGAUAAGGCGUACCCACCUGGUGAAGGGUUCCAGACUGCUAAGGACAACCCCAGGUACUCCAGCUACCAGGGCUCCAGGAACGGCUAUCCAGGUGGAGGCGGUGUCAAUGCCAGAGUCCUUCUGGAGGCCCAGGAGCUCUUGAGGCAGGAGCAGAGACGCAGAGAACAAGAAGCCAAAGGGAAAUUAAUGCAGGAAAGUGCUGGCAACAGCAGCUAUGAGGGGUACACGGCACAUCUGAAAGACCCCGCCUCUCCUAAAGGGCCGUACCGACACGACGUGCCACCUUCGCCUUCACAGCUAGCGAGGCUUAAUAGAUUGGGUUCUGAGAAAGGAAGACUUUUUUAUUCUUGAAGAGCAUCAUUGGACUGGUUGAUGAAGAGCCAAACGAAACGAUUAGAGCCAAGGGGAUUGUUCUGAAGAAAGAAAAAUAGACACUAUGAAUCUUGACAGGGGACAACCUAGAGGUCUUAUAGUUUAGCAGUGAGCUUAUAGGUAAACAGUUGUGAAGUGUACUCGGUAUGUGGGUGUUUGUGUUCAGUCCUCCGCUGCGAGGAUGACCUAUACUAGUCAGUCAUUCACCCUCCUACAAACAGUGCCUUCUCUGCAUUCACGGACACGAAGCUUGUUCGCAGUCGUCCAGGACUCUGAUUCAUCGAGAUCUGGCAUCGUCGUGUACUGACAAUCAAAUGGGCAGACAGGCAAGUGAGUGGGCGCCUUUUUGAGCCCACGGGGAGGCGCAAGUUUCUGUGUGGGUUUUGCAUGUGGGCAUGUGACAAGGUACAUGUUUCACUAUCAAGAAUGUGUCCCGCGGAUGACUCUGCCCACCUGUCACGUUCAGCCCCGACAGAUGCUGCCGGUGUUUAUCAGCAUUCUGUUUUCUCCACUUUUAGUCGUCUCUCCACAGCAACACACCUCGCGCAGUACUCCACAGGGAGCACAGAAAACAAGGCAGAGUGUGUGAAAGAAAGCGGGGCGCAUUGUGUGUGUUAUUAAUAAAAAAGACCCCCUCAUAAAUGAUUCAUAUUUUGUGUUAUCUUCAUGGAGGAGGCUCAGGCAGAGAGGGGAGACAGCUCUGAUCCUCUGCCUGGCCGCUCUGCUUGGCUCCGGGCUUGACUUGCCGGCCCGCCCGCCUGUCUGUCUGGAGCCCUCAUCCUCUCUGCGUUGUUCUCGUCUUCUCCCUGUUCAUUACGCUCCUAUUUUCUUUUUCUACCUCAACACCCCUACCUUUAUCCUCUGCUCCCCUGCUCUCCCUUCUUUGCACAUCUCACACCUUCGCUUCCCCUUACUCUUCCUCCUGCUACACGGUGCCACCCUCCUCCUCCUCGUCUCCCGAGUCAGGCUCUGCACUGAAUUUUUCAUCACAAGCCACCUGCUGCCUGCCAGAGCCAAAGAACGCUGCCACCGGAGGCAUCGACAGAGGGCCCGGCUUCUGACAUAAAGAGUGGAAUAAAAGCCAAAAAAAAAAAGACAGACAGAAUAAAGAUGGGAAGAGAGACAACGAGCCUCCGAGUGUGAGAUUAGCUGGAGCUUUUUCCCAGUUUUAACAAAAGGCAAAACUGUCCUUGGGAGUUAAUUGCUUUCAAUUGCUAUAAUUGCUUUUUGUAUUUUAUUUUUGCAGUUGUUAGCAUUUAGUCAGCCCCAUUCUCCAUAAUAAUUUAAAAAGAGGGAACAGGUAAACGGGCUAUCAUACUUUUAAAAAAGCAUCAGUCAGUAGAUAAUCUGAAUGCCAAAAGCUUUUACAGGGCAGAACAAAAUGGCACAACAGCUUAUUUACUGGCCCACAUUUUGCAGUGUCUAGUUCUGAGUUUGCUUUUUCUGCCAUAAGUCGAUGAAAUAGGACUUUUCUCUUGACAAUAGAAGAACGAAAGAAGCCUUUCUUUCCAAACAAACGUUUAGAACAUUUUUAACUCCCUUUUAACCAUCCUGAAAUGUUUCCCUUAAUAUGGCAAUUAGGCUUAGUGGGUUAUGCUAACUUUGUGUUUACCACCUGUUUCUCUGUGCAGCUGGUACAAACAUGGAAUCUUUCCACAGGCUCACAAGUAAACAAACAGGCUUUCAUUAAUCAUUAUGCAAGGUGAGAGGGUCAUCUGGCCGUUCGCCCUGCAUGGAGUUCCCAUGGAAGUGGCUUUUCCGGGCAGCAGGGGUUUUGUGUGACACAGGUGAAGAUUCCACAGCAAUCUUCAGGCUGGAAUAAUGCUAACGCACACUAGUCACAAUAGCGCUUCAGUUUGUUUUGCUUGCUGUCGAACUGUCUAUUGUUAGCUAACUAUUUACGUUUGAUUUAUUCAAAUGUCUCCCUCCCCUUUUCUCCCAAUGGCUCCGCAUAAAAUUGAAGGAAGAUUGUUAUGAAAAUGAAAAGGUUGCACACAGAUUUACGUCGGCCCUCCUGGCAAACCCACUGAUUCUGUUCAAAAUGAACUGGUUUCGUAGGUUUUUGCUGUGACAGCCUUGAGAAGGACUUUUUUCUCUAUUUCUUUUGUUGUUGUUGUUGUUGGUCUCCAUUUAAUGAGGAAACAGAACUUUUAAAAAAAACAAAUCGGAACAAAUUAAACAAGAAAUAUCUGCAAGACUAGAUAAAAAUUUCCAUUCUGGCCCAACUCUGCAGCUGCUGAUUGAAAACAGCUGUUGUAGGUGUACUGGGAAAAAACGCUUGGGCAUCGAUGACACAUACUUUUUAAAAAAUAAAUAAAUACUGCCACCAGCCCACUAUUAUAAUUGCUGCCGUAGGUGGCAACCUCUUAGUCGGCGCUCGUCUUUCUUUGACAGCGCUAAUGUUUGUGACGUGAUUGUGUCUGCCUCCGAGCUAACAAAUGAAACGGGGCAGGGGUCAAAUUUUAAACAAAAGGGAAAUACAGAAAAAGCUACAGAGAACAAACGGGCAGUGCAUAAUCACCCUCCACUCCCACACCAUCUCCAUAUGCAGAGGGAAGCUGCAUGAUAAACAUGAUCUCCUGCUGGUUAACGAAGACCCUUGCUGGGAUAGAUGCGGGCCUGGUAAGGGUAAUGAAUGAGAUGAAGUAAAAUUGAACCUUUAGUGGCAUUGUUCCAGGUUUAAACUUAGCAAUAUUGUUCAGCGCACACAUAUUUCUGUGUGCAUGGGUGCAAUGAUAGAAACUGAUUUUUUGGGGAGGGGGCGUCUUCCCAGUUUGAAGGUUUUUAAACCCACCUGAGAAUGAAGCUGAUGAAAAACUUACCAAAAAAAUGACACAAGCUGUGCAGAUGAGAGUAAAAGCAUUCUCCAUUACGCACAUUAUUUUAGCGAAGUGUUUGGUUCCUGCUGUGAACACAAAUUGCAGACCAGCAUAUUUAGAAGGAUGUAUUUGACCUGUGCUCUAAAUACAGUGGAUUUAGCUGCUCAGCUGUUCCUGUUAUAUCAAGUGCCUGAGAUAAUAUCACAAAAUGUUACACAAAGAAGGUUAUGAUGUGAUUUUUUUUCUGUCGGUGACACUGCAGCACACAAAUUGCAGUGGAUUUUUAUUUUUAACAUGUUAAAUCCAUAUUAAGGGUACACUUUCCUGAACGUUUUUCUUUUAAUAUUUGUAAGAGCCAACACUUGCGGACAGUUAUCAUUGUAUUUGUACUGUUUGAUAUGCCUUCAAACAAACUGCAGCAGGAUGUGUUUUAAAGUAUCUCAAAACAAAUGGAAGUUAUUAGAUGCUGAUGUGCAAUUGUUGUUUGUUGUUGUUGGGGUUUUUUUUCCAGAAAACUUUUACAUGAUCUAUUAAGAAAUGUAUGCAGCCACUUCUUCCUGUACAUAUCAAAUUUAGAAUAAAACAGAAGGCUGUUCCAUCCUGUUUCCAA